UUCUUUCAAAGAAGUUGCAAUUGCCGUCCUUUCUCUCUCUUCUCUCUCUCUUUCUCUCUCUACAGCGCCUUUGACCUUUGUGUUCUGCAAACAAAUUCGCGACCUCUCUCCUUUCACCAACGAGCUUCCUCUUUAUCUUCUCCAAACCCAAACAAUAACCAUUUCACCAUCAUCACAAACUUCCUACCCAAUCCUUACUCACCACCUUCACUUCUCAAAUCCAACAUUUCCCACCUCUACAAAAUCCUCCAGAUUUCAAUUUCUGGGUUUAUUUUCUUUUCCAACUUUUCAUUUUUCCUUUCACUCUUGUCUCUACAAACUUCUAUAGUGUCGUACAACAAACAACGUUGGAAUCUUCUGUGUCUAUCUCAUGUUUUCAUGUCCGUUACAUAACGGAUCAUGAAUUUUAAUUUAAAUUUUUAUUAUUAUAUUAUCUUCUGAUCCAAUCUUUAGAUAUAACCCAAUUCCCUAAUAAGGGUUGUAGUUGUAAAAAGUAUGGUUUUUUCAAGAUCUAGUUAAGUCAAAAGUCAACUAUAUGAUGGAAACAAAAAACCCAUCUCAGAAUUCUUCAAAGUUUGAAACUUUCAUGCAAAAUUCAUCAUCACGGAGGAAUUCAACAAGGGAAGUGACUUUUGGUCACUCAGAGUCCAAAGCUGUUAGGUAUGGUUCAAGGGGUACUACUGCUGAUUCUGAACCUUUUAGCAUGUCACAAAAAGAAAUUAGUGACGAAGAUGCUAGGUUGAUUUAUGUUGAUGAUCCUGAUAGAACAAAUAUAAAGUUUGAAUUUGCAGGGAAUUCAGUUCGUACUGGAAAAUAUUCAAUUUUCACUUUUCUACCUAGAAAUUUGUUUGAACAGUUUCAUAGAGUUGCUUAUAUUUAUUUCCUUAUAAUUGCUAUUCUUAAUCAGUUACCUCAACUAGCUGUUUUCGGAAGAGGUGUUUCGAUUUUGCCGUUGGCUUUUGUUCUUCUUGUUACUGCUGUUAAAGAUGCAUAUGAGGAUUGGAGGAGACAUAGGUCUGAUAAAGUUGAGAAUAAUAGGUUUGGAUUGGUUUUUGUUAAUGGUAAUUUCAUAGAGAAGAAAUGGAAGGAUAUUAGAGUUGGUGAGAUCAUUAAAAUCAAUGCGAAUGAACCGAUUCCUUGUGAUUUUGUUUUGUUGUCAACUAGUGACCCUACUGGUGUUGCUUAUGUUCAAACACUUAAUCUAGAUGGUGAAUCAAAUUUGAAGACUAGGUAUGCGAAACAAGAGACGCAAUCUAAAUUUCAUGAGAAGGAGAGGUUUAUCGGGUUGAUUAAGUGUGAGAAACCCAAUAGGAAUAUUUAUGGAUUUCAAGCUACAAUGGAGGUUGAUGAAAAGAGAUUGUCUCUUGGUUCAUCCAAUAUUGUACUUAGAGGAUGUGAACUUAAGAAUACUAAUUGGGCGGUUGGUGUUGCCGUGUAUUGUGGUUGCGAGACUAAAGCUAUGCUCAACAAUUCGGGUGCUCCUUCUAAGAGGAGCCGUCUUGAGACUCAGAUGAACUCUGAGAUCAUUAUGCUUUCUUUCUUUCUUGUAGCUUUGUGUAUAGUCACUUCAGUUUGCGCUGCUGUUUGGUUAAAGCGAAACAAGAAGGAGUUGAAUCUAUUGCCUUAUUAUAGGAAACUCGAUGUUUCAAAGGGAAAAGAGGAAAGCUAUCAAUAUUAUGGAUGGGGAGUGGAAAUUCUUUUCACGUUCCUCAUGUCGGUUAUAGUGUUCCAGGUCAUGAUCCCUAUAUCGUUGUACAUUUCAAUGGAGCUUGUCCGUGUUGGUCAGGCCUACUUCAUGAUCAAAGACUCCAGAUUGUAUGAUGAGGCAACCAAUUCAAGAUUUCAGUGUAGGGCCUUGAAUAUCAAUGAAGAUUUAGGGCAAAUUAAAUAUAUCUUUUCGGACAAAACUGGUACACUAACUGAGAACAAGAUGGAGUUUCAAUGCGCGAGUAUCUGGGGUGUUGAUUACAGUUCUGGAAAAGCCGGUCUUGAGAAUGAGCAAGAUGAAUACUCUCUUCAAGUUGAUGGAAAGGUCUUGAAGCCAAAGAUGAAGGUGAAAGUUAAUCAAGAGCUUUUGCGAUUAUCAAAAAAUGGAUUUGCAAACGAAGAUGGAAAAUGGAUUUAUGAUUUCUUUCUUGCAUUGGCAGCAUGUAAUACUAUUGUGCCUCUUGUUGUUGACACAUCUGACCCUACAGUCAAGCUGAUAGAUUAUCAAGGCGAAUCACCUGAUGAACAAGCAUUGACAUAUGCUGCUGCUGCCUAUGGUUUUAUGCUUAUAGAACGAACCUCAGGUCACAUAGUCAUUGAUAUUCAUGGUGAAAGACAAAGGUUCAAUGUAUUGGGUUUGCACGAAUUUGACAGUGAUCGAAAAAGGAUGUCGGUUAUAUUGGGGUGCAGUGACAAUUCAGUGAAACUCUUUGUCAAAGGGGCGGAUACAUCAAUGUUUAGUGUGAUCAAUAAAUCAUUGAACACAGCCGUAAUACAAGCAACUGAAACCCAUCUUCAAUCUUAUUCUUCUGUCGGUUUGAGGACGCUUGUUAUUGGGAUGCGUGACUUGAAUCCUUCGGAAUUUGAGCAAUGGCACUUUGCCUUUGAGGCAGCAAGUACUUCUUUGAUUGGUAGGGCUGCUUUGCUUCGCAAGGUUGCUACCAAUGUAGAGAAUAACCUAUGCAUAUUGGGCGCUACCGCUAUUGAAGAUAAACUGCAGCAAGGAGUGCCCGAAUCUAUUGAGUCUCUAAGGAAAGCCGGUAUUAAAGUAUGGGUGUUGACUGGGGACAAACAGGAAACUGCCAUAUCGAUUGGCUAUUCGUCAAAGUUACUAACAAGCAGCAUGACUCAAAUUAGAAUUAAGAGCAAUAAUCGAGCGUCAUGUCAAAGAGAUUUACAAGAUGCACUUAUGACGUCUAGAAAAAACAUGGCUGCACGUGAGGUUGGCAACUAUUUUGAAGGAAGUUCUGACGCUGAUGCUGUUUUGACUCCGAUGGCCUUGAUUAUUGACGGGACUAGCCUUGUAUAUAUUCUUGACAGCAAACUUGAAGAAGAGCUCUUUGAACUCUCACGUAGAUGUUCUGUUGUUCUAUGUUGUCGUGUGGCUCCAUUGCAAAAGGCCGGGAUUGUCUCUCUUGUCAAGAAUAGGACGUCCGACAUGACUUUAGCCAUUGGAGAUGGUGCUAACGAUGUAUCGAUGAUCCAAAUGGCUGAUGUUGGUGUUGGCAUCAGUGGGCAGGAGGGUAGACAAGCUGUUAUGGCUUCAGAUUUUGCAAUGGGGCAGUUUAGGUUUUUAGUUCCUCUCUUAUUCGUACACGGACACUGGAAUUACCAACGGCUAGGCUACAUGGUUCUAUACAAUUUUUACCGAAAUGCUGUCUUUGUUCUAAUUCUAUUUUGGUAUGUGCUCUUCACUGCUUUCACUUUGACAACUGCUAUAAAUGAAUGGAGCAGCAUGUUGUAUUCAAUAAUUUACACUGCAGUGCCAACUAUUGUUGUCGGUGUUCUCGACAAGGAUCUUAGCAAAAGAACUCUCCUAAAUAACCCGCAGCUUUACGGGGCCGGACAAAGAGAAGAGGCCUACAACAAAAAAUUGUUUUGGUUGACGAUGGCAGAUACUUUAUGGCAGAGUGUUGUCGUCUUCUUCGCUCCUCUCUUCGCAUAUUGGGGAAGCACUGUUGAUGUAGCAAGCAUAGGGGAUCUUUGGACUCUUUCGGUAGUUAUUUUGGUUAAUUUGCACUUGGCCAUGGACGUAAUUAGGUGGAGUUGGAUUACUCAUGCAUCCAUUUGGGGGUCUGUCAUUGCAACUUUCAUAUGUGUCGUGAUUAUUGAUGCUAUACCGGCACUUCGUGGUUAUUGGGCUAUCUUCGAUGCAGCAGGCACCGCAUUAUUCUGGUUAUGUUUGCUUGGAAUACAAAUAGCAGCAUUGCUUCCACGCUUCGUGGUAAAAUUUGUUUAUCAAUAUUAUUGUCCGGACGAUAUUCAGAUUUCAAGAGAAGUUGAGAAGUUUAGGACUCUAAGGGUCAAUGGAGGUGAACAAACAGAAAUGCUUCACAUCACAAAUGGUCCACAAAGAUAACACUAGUAUUCUUUUCCCUUUCUUGUAUUGUUUCUUUUGUAAAGUUAUUAUUCAUUCUUUAGGCUAAGCCACAAUAUUAUUUCUAUUGGUUUCCAACAUUUCAUUGUUUUCUAUAUCCAAAGGGUAGAGUUUUUUUUUUUUCAUAGCUGGUUGUUGUAUUUUUAAUUCUUUUUGUAUUGAUAAAUUAGCUUGUUGUAAAUUUAUAUUGAUUAUAGUAGAAAAAGAGAAAAGUUGAUUACGUGUUACUAAUCAAAUUUUAACAUGAA